AUGGAUGGAAUCGGUGUUUUGAUGAUGCACCCCAUGAACAACUACCUGGAGCAAGAGCUCGACAAGCGGUUCAAGCUCUUCCGCUACUGGACCCAACCCAAUCCGACCGAAUUCCUCGCCGACUCGAUCCGCGCGGUGGUCUUGAGCUCCAGAGCCGGCGCUAGGGCCAACCUGAUCGACGCGCUGCCGAAUUUGGAGAUAGUCUCGAGCUUCAGCGUGGGAUUGGAUAAAAUCGACUUGGCCAGGUGUAAGGAGGAGGGGAUUAGGGUUACCAACACGCCCGGUGUGGUGACAGAUGACGCGGCGGAUCUCGCCAUCAGGCUGAUGCUGGCUGUUCUCCGUCGGAUUCGCCAGUGUGACAAGUAUGUGCGGAGUGGGGAUUGGAAAUUCGAGGACUUCAGGUUGACUACUAAGUUCAGCAGCAAAAGAGUUGGCAUCAUAGGAUUAGGCAGGAUCGGUGUAGCAGUCGCUGAGAGAGCAGAGGCGUUCGGCUGCCCCAUUAGUUACUACUCAAGAUCGAAGAAAGCCGGUGCCACAAGCUACACUUACUAUGGCUGCGUUGUCGAACUGGCAUUAAACAACGACGUCCUAGUGGUAGCUUGUGCCCUGACUCCAGAGACGACCCACAUUGUGAACCGGGAAGUACUCGAUGCUCUGGGUCCAAAGGGAGUCCUGAUCAACGUCGGGAGGGAACCCCACGUUGAUGAGGCCGAGCUAGUGUCAGCUCUUGUGGAGGGCCACCUGGGUGGCGCUGGACUUGAUGUCUUCGAUAAGGAGCCUAACGUGCCAGAGCAACUUUUUAGGCUCGAUAACGUAGUUGAUAAGGCUCUCCUGUUGCCGCAUGUUGGGAGUGGCACCUAG